AUGACGCCGAAGAAAAUCAUCCUGAUCACCGGUGCUAAUCAAGGCAUUGGCUUCGAAAGCGCUGCAACAAUUGCCGCCGCUUCAGCCGACUAUCAUGUCAUCAUUGGCUCCAGAAACCCGGAACGGGGUGCUAAGGCUCUCGAGGAACUCCAGGCCAAAAACCCCGUCGGCACUCUCAGCUUGCUCGUCCUCGACAUCACUUCAGAUGAAUCCAUCAAAGCAGCAUCCGAGAAGAUCGCCGCAAAAUUUGGCGUGCUAGACGUCCUCAUCAACAACGCCGGCAUGAUCAUCACAAAUCCCAAAGACCGGCGUUCCGAGCUUGUUGAGACAUUUAAUACCAACGCAGCGUCUCCGCUCGUCCUCACAGAGGCUCUGAUACCUCUCUUGAAGAAAUCGAACGAUGCUCGCAUAAUCAAUGUGUCGACCAGUCUAUCUUCGCUGGCGGAACGGACAGACCCUACCUCUGAGUACUAUAUGGUCAGAAGCGAAGCGUACCGCAUCUCCAAGGCGGCUUUGAACAUGGCUACGGCUCACAUCAUGUUUGACAACAGAAGCUGGGGUGCGAAGGUGUGGGCGUAUUGCCCGGGGUAUGUAGUCACGAACCUGACUGGCGAAGAGGACCGCCAGACCAGACUUGACCAGGGCGCCGACGACCCGAACACCAGCGCCCAGGGGCUGCUUGAGAUUGUCGAAGGAAAAAGAGACGGUGAGGUCGGCAAGUUCAUAGGCAGAAACGGGUUACAGAUUGAAUGGUAG